AUGAAUCCUCUCACAUGGUAUAACAAAAAUAAGGAAAAGGCUGGUACAAUCUGGGAAUUUUAUAUUAGUUCUCGACGAAACAUAGUUAUCAAUCAUGUACAACAUAUUGAAAGACUUUGCAAACAAACUAAAAGCUUUUUUAAACGAAAUCCCAUUCCUAUAUUUGAAAGAAUAGGACUUAAUCAUGGAAUAUUUUUUAAUAAUGACUAUGAUUCAUGGCAUCGAAGAAGAAAAUUAGUAAACCGUGCAUUGAUGUCAAAGAAGUUCUUACAAGGUCUUGUCUUUUGUAUUCAAACCCAAUUCAAAGCAUCUGAAAAAAGAUGGAAAUCAAAAAUAAAAGAUGGAAUUGAAUUUGAAUUUAGUGAAUGGAUGAUACACUUUGCAGCUGAUAUUAUUACUGUUCAAAUCACAAAACAACGUUCUUAUUGUGUAGCUUUAUUUGAUACAAAUAAUAAGUUAGUUCAAUCUGAAGAAAUUAAAAAAUCUUUAGAGUUUACUAAAGCUAUAAAAAAUUUUUUUGGUUCACUUGGAUUUUUCGUUUACAUGCCUCAAUUUAUAAUGAAUUAUGUACCAGGUUUUAGCCAUUAUAGAGAGCGCUGCGAACGUAGUAUUAAUAAUCUGAAUGAUAUUGUGAAUAAAAUCAUUACUAAAAGAAAAAAAGAACUUGAAGAAGGUGCUGAAUUAGACUCAGAUUUGUUAGAUCAUUUAUUGGUCGCUCAUGCCAUACAAGAUCCUGAUUCUAAGCAUGAUGAUAACGUGGAGCCGAUAACUGCUAAAGAAGUUGCUGCUCUUACAUGGGAAAUUCUCUUAGCUGGCGUUGAUUCGACCGGUAAUGCAACCAGUUUUUUAUUAUAUUACAUUGCGAAAAAUCUAAAUGUUCUUGCCAAGAUUCACAAAGAGAUUGAUGAAGUUUUUGGCCCUGAUUCAAACGUUGAAUUCUCCCUUGAAAAACUCGAUAAAUGUCAUUAUAUUGAAGCUACUAUUAAAGAAACUUUGCGCUUUCAUGAAUUAGCUCCAUUCACUAUAAAAAUUUCUGAUGGUAUUGAAAAUGUUGCUGGAUACGAUUGGCCAAGUGGAACUUGGUUUUGGAUAGAUAGUCAAACUCUUGGUAAUAAUCCUGAUUAUUGGGAUGAUAUAGAAACUUUUAAUCCUGAUAGAUUUUUAAAUAAAGAUUAUGGUGGCUCAUCUGAACUUACGGAUUUUCAAAAGACUUCUUUUGUUCCGUUCGGUUAUGGUCUCAGAUAUUGUCCCGGAAAAUUAAUGGCUAUGAAUAUGAUGAAGACUUUAGUUAUUCUAUUUCAUAGAAAGUAUAAAAUAGAAUUAAAGAAUGAUAAGAUAAAGUACUACCUUAGUGGGAUAAGUCAG